GUCCCGCGGCGCCGGGGCUCGGACGAGCUGCCGCCGCCUCCCGCGCCCCUGCCGCCCGCCGGCCAGGAGGUGUCGGCGGCUGGCGACUCCGGGGAAGGUCCGAGGCGCCUUCCCGAGGCGGCGGUCCCCGAGGCGGCGGCGGGGAAGGGCGUCCCCGGGGAGGCUGAGGCCGGCGCGGGUGGGGAGGGCGAGCGGCGGGGCGCCAGCGACCAGCCCGAGACGCGCUCGGUGUGUAGCAGCCGCAGCAGCAGCAGCGGCGGUGGCGACCAGCGCGCCGGGCACCAGCACCAGCACCACCAGCCCAUCUGCAAGAUCUGCUUCCAGGGCGCCGAGCAGGGGGAGUUGUUAAAUCCCUGCCGAUGUGACGGAUCUGUUCGGUACACACAUCAGCUGUGCCUGCUGAAAUGGAUCAGUGAGAGGGGUUCCUGGACCUGUGAGCUCUGCUGUUACAGAUACCAUGUCAUAGCCAUUAAAAUGAAACAGCCUUGCCAGUGGCAAAGCAUUUCUAUAACACUGGUUGAGAAAGUUCAGAUGAUUGCUGUAAUCCUAGGAUCCCUGUUCUUAAUAGCAAGUAUGACCUGGCUCCUCUGGUCUGCCUUCAGCCCCUAUGCAGUGUGGCAGAGGAAGGACAUCCUUUUUCAAAUCUGCUAUGGAAUGUAUGGUUUUAUGGAUCUAGUGUGCAUAGGUCUCAUUGUCCACGAAGGAGCUGCAGUUUACAGAGUGUUUAAGCGCUGGCGGGCUGUUAACUUACACUGGGAUGUAUUGAAUUAUGAUAAAGCCACAGACAUCGAAGAAAGUAGCCGGGGAGAGUCUUCCACAAGCAGGACUUUAUGGUUGCCACUGACGGCCCUGCGGAACAGGAACUUGGUCCACCCGACGCAGUUAACUUCCCCCAGGUUUCAGUGUGGCUAUGUGUUACUGCACCUGUUCAACCGGAUGAGGCCCCAUGAAGAUCUGUCCGAAGAUAACAGCUCAGGGGAGGUUGUGAUGAGAGUGACUUCUGUGUGACAAAAGCGUAAGGCGGCGUGGUGUAGACCACCCUGCACAUCUUGGAAUGUAAUUGCAAUGAAUGGCGAAACCACAGCACUUCUAAAAACACACAUCUAUGAACUUUUUAAAAUUUAUGCUUUUUAUAUGAACAUUUGAAUUGCAAAUACAUUUUUCUGAAAAAAAAAUAGCUCUCUGGUUCUUUGCUUUCUGAUUUCCCACAUCUUUUAUAAGUUGGUACUUGAAAUCAUUAUACAUAUAAUUUAACCCUACUUGGUUCAAAGAAUGACGGAAGCUGUCCUGAAGGCCGAGACUAUUUUUUCUUGCUUGUUUUAAAUAUAUUUUUUAUCAAA